CGACGACGAAGAGGAGGACGAGGAGGAAGAGGACCGCCGGGGGGGGCAGCUGCUUUCCAAACCACACGAGAGGGGCCGCCAAAAAAGAACAAGCGGAAGAAGAAGACGUCUCUCUCGUUUCCUCUCGCCAUCCUCUUCAUUAGCGACACAUCGCAAAGGGGGAAUUUUGCGGCGGGAAACCGACGACAGAGAUCCCCCCCCUUCACUCCCGGACCAACCAUAUAAUACUGUACAUCUUCGAGCCCCCCGCUCCCCCCACCCCGGACCAGCCGCGUACGUGGUCGUCGAGCAGCCAUGAAGGAUCGAACGGCGGAACUGCGGAGCGCUAAGGACAGUGAUGAUGAUGAGGAGGUGGUGCAGGUGGAUCGAGACCACUUCAUGGACGAGUUCUUUGAGCAGGUGGAGGAGAUACGCGGCUGCAUCGAGAAGUUGUCCGAGGAUGUGGAGCAGGUGAAGAAGCAGCACAGCGCCAUCUUGGCUGCGCCCAACCCUGAUGAAAAGACCAAACAGGAGUUGGAGGAUCUGACGGCCGACAUCAAGAAGACUGCCAAUAAAGUUCGUUCAAAAUUAAAAGCGAUCGAGCAAAGCAUCGAGCAGGAAGAAGGUCUCAACAGGUCUUCGGCGGACCUCAGGAUCCGCAAGACGCAGCACUCCACGCUGUCCCGCAAGUUUGUGGAGGUGAUGACCGAGUACAACACCACGCAGUCCAAAUACCGAGACCGCUGCAAGGACCGCAUUCAGAGGCAGCUGGAGAUCACCGGGAGAACCACCACCAAUGAGGAGCUGGAAGACAUGUUGGAGAGUGGCAAGCUGGCCAUCUUCACCGAUGAUAUCAAGAUGGAUUCCCAGAUGACCAAACAGGCCCUGAACGAGAUCGAGACCCGGCACACCGAAAUCAUCAAGUUGGAGAACAGCAUCCGAGAGCUUCACGACAUGUUUGUGGACAUGGCCAUGCUGGUAGAGAGUCAGGUAGGUAGUAUGGGCCAGAUUCUUGUAUUAUUCAAAACCUUGGGACCACCCUUGACUCACCUGUGCUGUGCUGGUUUUCAGGGCGAGAUGAUUGACAGAAUCGAGUACAAUGUGGAGCACUCUGUCGACUAUGUGGAGCGAGCCGUCUCCGACACCAAGAAGGCCGUCAAGUACCAGAGCCAAGCUCGCAAGAAAAAAAUCAUGAUCAUCAUCUGCUGCGUGAUCCUGGGCGUGGUCCUGGCGUCCACCAUCGGCGGGACUUUGGGCUUCUGAGCUUCCGGGACGCCCGUCGCCGCCGUGACGACGUCCGUCGCUGUGACGACGGCCAUCGCCGCCGUGACGACGCCCGUCGCCGUGACGACCGCCUGCGGUAGACGGACGGGAGCCGGAGAAGAAAAAAAGCCCAAAAACUUGAACCACAAAUGCAAGAAGAUAACCAAUCAGCAAACGGGACACACUUGGGGUGGGCCGAGGUCCAAAAUUCCCACCAAAAGCAACACCCUGAAAUGCACCACGCUGUCCGUGUAAAGAGCGUAAACCGGCUCGCACGCCGUCCACAUUUUACUUUGCUUCUUUCUUCUUUGGAGCGUCGCUUUCCUUUUUUUUAACGAGACGGUGAUGGCGACAGCGUAGCCUGGCGGGAAAAGUCCACCGGUGCAGUCCCGCACAAAUAGUCCGCCACCCCGCCCUCCGACAAACACGCACAAUGGCUGUGUUCCGAAUUCCUCCCUAGUCACUAUAUAGCACCUGCUAUCCAGAGUUGGGGGUCAACAAUUUGUUACACUGUGUAGCGAGCACGCUAUCAUAUACACAGGUCGCAUAUUCGCUGUUUGGCAUUCAUAGAUUUUUUUUCCCCGGAAUCUGUCUUCUGAUAGUCACUGAAAAACUCACACUCCGCCCAAAAGGAGUAACAAUAUAACUUUGACACCAUCUGCUGGCAUUUUGGUGCUGAAGUGAGUUGAGGAGUUUAAUUUGGACAAAACUAGUCCUUUGCCGCCAUCUUUGGUAUUUGCUAUACAGUAUAAAGGUACGCUAAAAAAUGUAUAAAAUUGUGGGGUAAAAUUCAAUAUAAGAAGAGAAUUUUGUAAAAUACUCAGUUUAAAACAAUAGAUCGUUAUUCUAUUUUA